AUGACCUUAACAAAGAUCAACUUCAUCACAGGAAACAAGAACAAGCUCACCGAGGUGCGCGCCAUCCUCGGCAGCGUCAUCGAGGUCGACAAUCAGGCCGUAGACGUCCCCGAGAUCCAAGGCACCAUCGAAGAGAUCGCUAAGGAAAAGGCACGCCGUGCUGCUGAAGCGAUCAAUGGCCCCGCGCUGACAGAGGAUACUGCGCUUGAAUUCAACGCUCUUAAGGGUCUUCCGGGGCCAUACAUCAAAUCGUUCAUGGAAUCUCUGGGCCAUGAGGGUCUGAACAAGAUGCUUGAUGGUUUCGAUGAUCGCAGUGCGGAGGCAGUGUGCACUUUUGCGUUUUGUCGGGGUCCUGGCGAGGAGCCUCUUAUUUUCCAGGGUCGGACUGCGGGUACUAUUGUGCGGCCUCGCGGCCCAACGAACUUUGGCUGGGAUCCUAUCUUCGAGUACGACGGCCAAACAUACGCAGAGAUGGACAAGGAAGAAAAGAACCGGAUUUCCCACCGGUACAAGGCGCUGGUCAAGUUCCAGCAGUGGUUGGCAGAAGGCCGGCAGUAA